AUGGGCACCGGGCCCUCGAGGCUUCACAAACACGGGCAGCUCCAGAGUCGUGCUCCCAACUUCAUUCGAAUUCUGCUGAUACGACAAUUUCCUCAUCUGGAUAAGCUCAAGCGGGAAAUACCCCGUGAGAAGAUUAUGCGACAAAUCCAAGUAAAAAAGGUUCGGCAGGCUCCCAAACCAGGUUGGCACUUGGCCCGUGAAAAACUGGCGUAUCCACGUAGGGAUCGGGCCCGAGACAUUGCAACCGCCAAAACCCAAUACCUUGAUAUUCUGAAAACCGAUCAAGGUCUCCUCAUCAGACAUAUCAACGUGCUCAGACUCGUGCAGCCCUUGAGGAUUCUAAUCGCGUUCGUCAGAUUUGUUAGACUGUUGUUGGAUAUGGAGAGGAAUGAGAGAGACUGGAGAGAUCCUAUCUCGGGCAAAAUCUCGCCCGACAAGUUGUUGGUCGCGAGACGAACAGCUGUCAACGUCCUGCACGUGAAGAGUGACCUCGGUAGUCCGCCUCGGAAAAAAUUAUUCCCGAGGUCGACCAGUUUUAGCUGCACGAAUGUUGAGAAGUUAAAAGAGUCGAGCUCCCCCUCCAGCAGGUUGACCCUCAAGUUCAGCACGGUCAGGUUCGUGCAGUUGGCCAGCGAGGCUGGUAUCCUGUUCCAGUCUGUUAAGCUGCCCGAUUUGUUCGGGGAUUGGACCCGCCAGCUCGUUGCCGAAGAGCGCGAGGAUUCUAAGCCCACCGAGACUGACGACCCGCGGGUCGAUGGGACCCGCAAAGUGGUUCCCAGGCAAGUACAAUUCCUCCAGUGUCGAUAA